AUGUCAGACGGCAACGAUUGGACCGAAAGAUUAUUUGGCUGUUUCGAUGAUUGGGGUACAUGUUGCUAUGGAUGUUGGUGUACCCCAUGUCUAUUCGGUUCAAAUGCUGAAAAGCUAGAUGAUAGUGACUGCUGUGCUUUUUGUUGUGUGUACUGGUUGUUGGAAGGUUGCUAUCUGUGUUGGUUACCGCACUAUUUCAAACGAGGAAAAUUGCGAAGUAUAUAUAAUCUACGAGAAGAUCCGACGUGUGGCGAUAUUCCGGCAACAUUGUGCUGUGGUCCAUGUGCAUUAUGUCAAGAGGCUCGUGAGAUGAAAUCGAGAGGUCAUGAUCCAAGAACAAGUCAAAGAGCAAAUUAUCAGGUUACCAAUCCUCCUGUAUCGUCUCAACCAAUGUACAACCAACAACCUCCGCAAGGUGUAUCUGGAUGGCGUGAUUUGCCAUCGAACAACUAUUAA